UCUAGUCAUCCGGAACAGGGGGCGGUGUACAGGGUGAGGGUGAGACUCGUGAUUGUGCAUAUACAUCAUUGCCGGCCACGUCAACACAAGAUGUCAUGUUCAGGAAAUGCAGUUCACAAGGUUAUGGCACAUGUGACCUUUUCAUCCAGGUUGACUUGCUGUUCUCAUCUAUGUGACUGGCAAUGAUGUUUGUGUACUUUAACAGCACUGAAGCAGUUAUCAAACCGAUAGAAAUAUGCCACCAAUGUUCUCAUAUUUGAGUUAGAGUCAGAUGUUUAAUAGCUUAACUAAAGUCAGAGUGAGCCAGUUUACCCAGGCACUCAUUUCUCUUUUGGUAUGUAUCGCCAACAAAUGGCUUUGAUUUGGACCUCUCUUCAAGUGCAAUAAAAAUAGUUUAUAUUGAUCCAUUCAGAGAAACACAGCAGAAAGAUUUUUGCAUCAUAGCUCAAAAGCGAAAGUGAAAUAUUAUUCCGUAGAAUAAUUUUGAGCAUGCAUUUGCUGAUCAGUGUGUUUGUGGGAAUUACUUUGUGGAGUUGUGGGUGCCAUUCAGAAGAUGCAGACUUCAAAGAUUGGCGGGGAAAACUGAAAACAAUUCGGAAUGGAAUUCAUAAGAUCGAUACGUAUCUAAAUGCAGCACUGGAUUUACUUGGUGGAGAGGAUGGGCUCUGCAAGUACAAAUGUAGUGAUGGAUCCAAGCCAGUUCCUCGUUAUGCUUUUAAGCCUCCACCGCCCAAUGGAUGUGGCUCUCCUGUGUUUGGAGUUCAUUUAGACGUAGGAAUUCCUUCCAUGACAAAGUGCUGCAAUCAACAUGAUCGUUGUUAUGAUACUUGUGGUAAUACUAAACAGGAGUGUGAUGAAAUGUUUCAGUACUGCCUUUCCGUAAUUUGCAGAAAUGUACAAAAAACAUUAGGAAUGGAUGCAACUGUACAGGCUUGUGAGAACGCUGUAGAACUGCUUUUUAAUGCAAUCAUGCAUUUGGGAUGCAAACCCUACCUAGACAGUCAGAGGGCCUCGUGCAUGUGUGCUUAUGAAGAAAAAUUUGAUCUUUGAUGUGAAGAUUGAAAAAAACAAAUGUUUUAAAUAAGAACCAACUGCUCAAUUAAUCUGAAAUAUUGUUUUCUCAGGAAUUGUUUAAUUGUGUCAGAUAUAUAAUAACAUUCCAUUAUGUAAUAAAAAUGUUUACAUAAUUUAAAAUUUGAAUUAUUUACAUGUUAAUAUACCAGAUGUAUAUUUUAACACUAGUGCCCAGCAUAUUGCAGUUUCCUGCUCUUGCAUUGAGUUUAAUCUUCUGAGAUGCACCCAUUUAAACAUUUAAUGUUUAUUUUAUUCCCCCACUUUUUCCACAUGUGAAGAGGAGAAAAGUCCAAAAUCUGAAUUAAGAAACCAGUCUCAUAUGCCACCUAUUGGCAGGUUAUUGAGUGACUUUUCCACAUGACCAAUUGAGAAUAAAUCUGGACUUUGGCAGUUUUUAAAUCGAUUGUAGAAAUUGUAAAUAUAUUGAAUUUAAUUUAUUUAAAAUGGGAAGUUAAAUCAAGAUUAACUUAAUCUGAAAUAAAUAUGCCUUGCAUUGUAAAAAAAUAGACCCAGGUUACCAAACCUACUACCUGUACAAACAUAGGUUGCUUAUUUCUGUGAGCACUAGAAAUUGGAACAUGUAACAUCAGGCAGCAUCUUUAGAGGAAGAUACUGAGCUGAGGUUUUGUCUUGCUAACCACAAAUGUUUGAAAUAGUUGAACUGAUUUUUUGUUUAUAGAUUGUAUUGGUUAGAAUAGUGGGAUGCUAACUUGUGAUAUUAAUGUUGUCAAUUGAGAGAAAUGACAAUGUUGACCAGUCCUCAUCAUGAGGUAUAAAAUGUAAGAGCAAUAAAAUGGAAGAGCAAUAAAA